AUGGCUAUUGCUUGUGUUGGCCCAGGAGGUCCCCAGGAGAGGCCACGCUCUGAACCUUGGCAAGCUGCUGCUUGUGCUAGGCAUCAAGCCACUUGUCAAGAGGUAUGGGGCAUAUUACAGACAAAUGACAUUGUUUAUGAAAUAGAGCCCAAGAGACUUUCUACCACAUUUGAACAUCUCUUAUAUAGGAGAAAGAGUGAAGAGACACAAUUGCCACCCAUGAGAUGUGGAUUAACAGAUGAAGAAAUAGCAAGACAACUGAACUUUCCAGAGAGUGCUAAUUUCACUUUGAUGCAGAGUGGGUAUGAAGGUUGGUGGACCCACAGGCGGCUUCUUGAACUGGCAGUGGUGGUGGAGCACAAUCGCUAUCUUCAUCACCGAAGUAACACCACAGCUGUGCAGUAUGAAGUAUUACUUGUAGUCAAUGCAGUAGAUAAGUUUUUGCGUUCGCUGGAUGUUGAUGUGGUUUUAAUGGGAGUUGAAGUCUGGACUGAAAAAAACCCAGUUCCAAUAGAUACCAUAGAGGGUCUCCUGAAGGAAUUUUGCAAAUGGAAGAAAACUAGCUUGAAUAACCGCAUUCCCAAUGAUGUUGCCCAUCUUUUUGUAAAACAUAGCUACGGUACUACUGCUGGAUUAGCCUAUAUAAAAACCGUAUGUAAAAGCUAUGCUAGUUGUGGAGUUGAUAGUUUCAUGAAUGAUAACGUGUAUGAUUUUGCACACAUUAUGUCACAUGAGAUUGGUCAUAAUUUGGGUAUGGAUCAUGAUGGACCAACUUGUACAUGUGGACAUAAAACCUGCAUAAUGCAUGAAGGUAAUGAAAGUGCAACUAGAUUCAGCAACUGCAGCUAUGCUGACUUCAUGAACAUGAUGGGCAGUAUAGCAAGGAAAAAUUGUUUGUACAUUUCAUCAAAUACAGGAAACAUCUUCACACUUGCACGACUGCACUCUCAGCGCUGGGGCUGCUUGUCCAAGAGUGCAAAUCAGAGUUGUUACACAGAAAUUAACACUCAAGGUGACCGUUUCGGGAACUGUGGUUUCAAGCACUCUACAUAUGUAAAAUGUGACAUCUCAGAUACCUUGUGCGGGAGGAUUCAGUGUGACAAUGUGACAGAACUUCCCCUUCUGAGAAAUCAUUCUACUGUGCAUUGGACUCAGUUCAAUGGCGCCACCUGCUGGGGUACCGACUACCACUUCGGGAUGACUGAUCCUGAUAUUGGUGAUGUGAAAGAUGGGACAGAGUGUGGGGCAGAACAUGUCUGCAUCACAAGGAAGUGUGUCCAUAGGUCACUUCUGGUAAAUUAUUGCUCACCUGAGAUGUGUAAUCUGAAAGGAGUCUGCAACAACAAACAGCACUGCCAUUGCAACUAUGAGUCGGAUCCUCCCAACUGCAUAAAAGAAGGCAGUGGAGGUAGUAUAGAUAGUGGGCCACCCCCUCGGAAAAAAAUUAGGAAAAAAACCCAUUACCUGCAACUACUUUGGUUGAUUCCUUUUAUCCUUUUAUUAUGCUUGUUAGUUUUGUGUUUUCUGACACGAAGAAGAACAGAUAAGAGUGAAGAGCAGAAUGUGUCACCUUCAGCUGAGUAA